GUCACCGAGGUCCAUUGCACCUGCUGCAACUUGCUGCCAACGUCUUCCUCAUGUCCAGCGGUUUAACGAUGGAUCACACUUUCCUGCCUCGCUCCAUCUGGACCGGUGACAGUAAAUUCCUCCAGCAUCCGGCGGACCUCUACACCAGUGUGCUCGUUACGCGCAGCAUCCCUGCAGGCACGUGCUUCGGUCCAUGUGUGCUCCAAAACACCUUCUACGAGACCAUCGCCUUCAUAGCGCAGAAAUCAUGCGAUAAGAGAUCUAAAUCAUAUGUGUUCAGGGUGGACCCUGAGGCCAUGAGCAAUUCUGCGCUGGUUCUGUCCUGGCUGCGGCUCGUACAGGCUGCGCGCAAUGGAGAGGAGCAGAAUACAGAGGCCUUUUUGAAAGCGGGUCAACUGUAUGUGCGGACCAUCCGGGACAUCCGGCAGGAGGAAGAGCUGCUGGUGUGGUACGACCAGGAGCUGUCUCACCUACUGGGCUUCACAGACAUGAUGACCAGGGGCUCCAGUGAAGAGUUCAAAUGUGGAAGAUGUAACCAGGUUUUUGAGAACGAGAAUCCUUUCCUGGCUCACUGCCGAUUCCUGUGCACUCAAGUAAAGACUGACACCUGGAGCCGCGAGAUUUACGAGCACAAGCAUGUGGAAAUUAAGAGGCAACGUCGAGUGACAGAUUUCCACAACAUCGCCAGAGAUUUGGAACACAAAAAAUCUGGCAGCAACGAGGAUGCAGAGAUUUUCCCCAAGAGAAGGAAACACGAGGACUCUCUCUAUCUCAAAGGGCGGAAAACGGUUCUGUUGGAAAAAACUAAUAUGUCAAACGAUGACAAUAUUACACCGCUGAUGAAAGGCUACGACCAGUCAGCAGGAGAGGCAUCUUCCUCUGCGGGGAAACUGAAAGCUGAUAAGAUUAAACCGGAUCAUUUGGGAUAUAAGAACGAUGGCUUUACGCACGACAGAGAAAUGGAAACAAGGGAGAGCUCUGGUCUGCACUCAAGCAGCAGCAGUGCCUUUUCUCUGGUCCUGUCCAACAAUCGGGGGGAGCAGAAAAGCGCUUUCUGUAAACCAAGUAAAAGAACUUCACCUAUUGACCCCCAUGCGCAUAUCAUCAGUGCGUCAACAGCCCCCCCUCGCCGUCUCGAGGAGAUGCCUGAUUCCUUCACCUCCAGGACUCUUAUGGGAUACAACAAUUUGAUGGGGUCCAACCUCCUGAGCAGUGAGUUGCAUACCGUCCCUUCCCCGGUGGCAGUAAACAAUGCUUUCCAUUACGCACCGGAGCACUGGUCCAGGAGCAUUGGCGCUCAGUUGCAGAACACAUCUUCUCUCACGAUCCUUCCGCCGACGUUCACCUCAUUCGGCGUGUCUGUGCAGAACUGGUGCGCCAAAUGCAACCUGUCCUUCCGCAUGACCUCCGACCUCGUUUUCCACAUGCGCUCUCAUCACAAGAAGGAGUUCGCGGCGGAGUCCCACGUGAGGAGGAGGAGAGAGGAAAAACUCACCUGCCCGAUCUGCCACGAAUACUUCCGGGAGCGGCACCACCUGUCCAGACACAUGACUUCUCAUAACUGAGACAAGAAGGGACAACAGCCCGUACUUUAUUUCCUAAACGAUGCUCAUAUUUAACAGGGUUAGACUCCAUUCACGGUGAGACGUUGGUGUAUAACGGUGAAUGUAAAGAGCUGUAAAGAGAAUAGCGAAACGGACACCCAUGACCAUCAAAGACUGUCCGCUAGGUGGCGAUAGAGGGGUACGUUUACGCUGAGCUCACUCCGGGUUGGCGUCUUUCUCUUAGUCCUGUGUGUUAGAUUGAUGAUUAUUUUUGUGCCUUAUGGAACUCAGGAGGGAAGAAACACGGAGAGAUCUCGAGAACAGCUCAUGAUUGUCAUACAUAGAUGUGGAUUGAUUGUGUUUGCAGAUUGGUUUUGAAAUCUAAAAUGAUGAAAAUGAAACGUGUCGAGUGUUUUGUUGCAUCAUGUUGGCCGUCUGUUUUCCUGCUCCAACAGGCGGCGACUGAGACCAACUGUUCUCUUUCCCCUGUAUAUCGUUCAAUACAAGGAACAUCUAUAAAACA